AUGAGGUAUCGAAAAUAUAACUUAUCACAGUACGUAGUGUUACUUCUUUAUGGGGAAACAGUAUCAGACUAUCAUGAUUAUUCAACGUUUCAACUAGAUUUUCAUCAAAUCUGCAAAACAGGGUCAACAUAUUUCUUUUUCAUCACUAGGGUAGUUUCAUUGGAGAUUGAAACAAGCACAAGCUACGUAUCAAAAGCAUCAGACGUAAGAAUUUAUGCAAUUGCAACUAUCACAGACACAGGAUCAGGAACUUGCUCCGAUGCAAAAAUUUUUGCACCAGAGCAAGCUGCUUCUUCACAGCAACUCUACUUUCGUCCUGCAAUGGGUUUCUUUCGACGACGAUGAAAAACCAACAAGUAUGAGGAUCUUAUGACCGCGACACUUUCCACUACUAAUACUUUACGAAUAAAAUCUGACACCUUUUUUACACGAAAAGUCAAACUUGUCAUGCCUGCACUGGGGCACCUCAGCAUCCAAAAGUGACUCUGUUGGCAGUGCUACAGUAGGUUGCAGAACGGUCGUGCGGGAUGACAGAUUUGGCUUUUUUUUUCUAAAUCCACUCUACUCAACCUUGGUAGAUUUUUUUUCUAGUGAAGACCACAGUACUAGCUCAAAAAUAUGCAUAAAAAGAACUACAAGUGAAAAGAAUAAUAAGGUGCUGUAAAGAUUCGAAUCGCGUUUCCAGAGGACGGGGCUGCACCCGUUAUUUUUUCCCAGGGAAAAUAGCCGACAGUGCGCCAGGAACUACGAAAACCUCUCUUGGCUGCAGCUCAGGCCCCUGGAGCUGCUGCUGUUCUACUCGUCUCUGCAAUGCUUUUUGAUGAAAUACAUGGAGUAAAGGCUGUAAAUUUAUGUAAAUUUGAGCUCUGCUUGGUCGAAGCUGGUAUGGAAGUUUUUCUGUGACUUAUUGGGAAAUUUUUUUCACAAUUUCUUUCUUUCAACUUUACAGUAAAAAGCCACUAUAAUGCCACAACUAGUAAUUUUUCACAUCCUAUGCUACGUAGCAGUAUCGCCGCGCCGAAACUUUUUCCGUCUCACCUUUUGUGGACCAUUCGUUUGCCUACGAAUGAUCCACUUUCUGCGUAUCACCACUGUAGUUUUUCUACUUUCUUUUCCAGCCCACCACUACAUCACCGAGUUUAUGCUCACAAAGACCGCACAUCAUAACCAUGAAUGUAUUUGAAAACAAAAAAAUUGGAAAAAUACAAGGACGAAAAU